AUAUGGCUGCGCCCAUGGACACAGCACAUUAGUGUUUGCGCACUGACCUACAACUGCUUUUUUAAAUUGUUAUAAUUGAGGUAAAAACCCGACGACUGUGGGUAUAUAAGUAACUAUGGCAGUUUGUCAGCUCGAUAUGUUUAAUUUAGAUAAAGAUGGCCACUCCAGGCAAAGUGUCGAAAAAGGAGCGGAAGAAGCAGAUCCCAGCUAAGACGUCCCUGAACUCCCCCUACAGACUGCAAUGGAGCCCGCUGCAGAGUGAUGACGUACACUUCAUCCUGGACACUCUGAAGAGCAAACUGUCAGCAACUGGCCUGGAAAAGAAAGAGGUGAAAGGGUUUCGACAGUGGGGGAAAAAGAGAAAUAAGAACCCACCUACAGGACAUGACUCGGUAGCUGAGCCCCCACAGAUAACCCUCGACACUGUAACACCGGAAUGUCCUGUUAAACCCAGAGAGCAAGGCUGGACUGACGUAGCCGCUAGGAGGCAGCUGGCCAUCGGCAUCAAUGAGGUCACCAAGGCUCUGGAGAGGAACCAGCUCCGGCUGGUGCUCGUGUGCAAGUCGGUCAAACUGCCGCACAUGACGAGCCACCUGAUAGCGCUGUGCCGGACGCGGGGCGUGGUGGCAUGCCAGGUGCCGCGUCUCAGUGAGAGUGUGGCGGGACUGCUGGGGCUGAAGUGCGUCCUGGCACUGGGAUUCAGACAAGGGGACAGGAACGAGGAUGGGAUGUUCUCCGACACUGUGGAAGCCAUUGUACCCAGAGUGCCUGCUCUGCAGGUUGCCUGGAUACCAAGCCCUCCCAGUGAAACAGGUACAACAUUUGAGGGGCAGGUAGGAGAGGGAACAGCUGCAGGGCAAAUGGAGGUGGAAAAGGGAGAGGAGACAAGAGGCCAAAAACUGAAAAUUGAAGACUUUUUUCCAGACAUUACAGAAUGUCCAUCCUGCGUACUUCAGCCUCUUAAAGUGAAAAAGAUUAUCCCGAACCCCUAUAAAAUACGGAAACCAAAGACUAAGAAAAAGUAGAAGCAAUUUAUGUACAAAGGAUGACAUGAAACGGUAGUGUAGGCAGCCCUGGAUGCUGAUUGGAGGUGAUCUCGACUACCAAUCUGGAGGAAACACUCCCAAAAUCCCAUGGCGGACUUAAAUGAAAUAUUAGACAGCACACUCAGAUGUAUCUUUUAAAGUCUAGAUGAGUUUAUUCCAUCAUGCUGGUAUAGCUUGAGUGAGUAUUUGAAUGAGGUCCUGUCUAAACACUGCUGGUUCUAAUUCCUCAUUUCUUUUACAGCCUGCCAAGGAGUUCAAUAAAAUACUGUUUUUCAUUUAGAGAAAGGUGUGUCCUUUCAAAACUACACAUUGAUAUACAUUUUAAAACAUGUUAAAUAAGGCAAGGACUUUGGGUGCUCUCACUUGGGGUAUCUGCAUUGUAUCAAAAACUGUCUCGUGCUCAAAUUCAAACAAGUUGAAGUACACAUCCACAACAGAUCCAACACUCAAGGUGCCCCUGGGACUAAUAAACACAUGGCUGACUCAGAUUCACGGUUUUGGCCAUCAGUUCUAUUUCAGCCAUCUUUAUUUGGAUGCCCAGUGUUCUGUGCCAUUGACAUCGGUCAUCUUCCCUUGCAUGCAUCAACCAAUGGUUGCGUGCCACAUCAUCGGUUGUGCCGUCGGGCACCAGAUAGCUAUAACGUGGUUAGCUGAUACUCAAAAUACCUAUCCAGGCAUUGUAAGAUCUGGCAUGUACCAGCAACGUCUGAGCCGAGGAACCUGACCAUUACCUAGGUUUGGGCACAGCCCCAGAUGCAGACCACGUUCAGAGCCACACCUCAGAAACACUAAAAGCAAGUAACUCCCCACGAGGGCAGCAUAAGAAUGAGAACUACACACUUGCUCUUUCCAUGACAAACUGACUUGGUGAAAGCUAUGAUCCCUUAUUGAUGUAACUUGUAAAUCAGCUU